CUCUAACCCAAUGGCGACCAGAAGGAUUGAUAUGAGUUAUCUCCAGCCUCAAAUCCCAAAGCAGGAGUCUCUAUUUCGUCUUUCAAGUAAAGACAGGAAAAGGAGGUUUAAAAUGACAAAAUCAGUCCUAAAUCAAAACCGAACUGUUCAAGAAAUACAGCUGCAGAGAAGUAGAGGAAAUCGCCCUGUAGGUAUUCUCCAGCACAGUGCCUAUAAAAGUAUAAAACAAGUAGUUCCAGAUAGAGUCAAGCUUGUCCAGAAAAACACUGCGUCACUUCCCUUCUUGAUAGAGUCACAUAAGAUUAAAAAGAUUGGAGAUAGGGCUUACUCUGUUGAAUCUAGGGAGCAAGAGUACAAGAAAGGACUAGACCACCUUGGUCAAGCCAUGCUCAAGACCGUUAACAAACGUAAAUCUACUCAAGCCAACACUCAGGUCCUCGAGAACCGCAUAAAGAUGCUCCAAGAGUCUGAGAAGAAGGAGCAGGCUCGAAUGAAAAGACUUGAAGAUCAGAUGAAUAAAUUCUCUCAGAUAAGACAAUCCCAUUUCGAUCAUAAGACAAUGCAACAGAAAUAGCAAAAUCCAGAUGGAGAUCGGAACUAGGAAGAAGAAGGACCAAGUUCAGAGGUUCAAGAGGGAACUUGAGCAUCGGAUAAGUGAAAAGCGUGAGGAAAUCCUCCUACAAAACCGUAUGAAGAAGGAAGCCGUUAGCUUUGAGCUUGAUCGAGUUAGACACUUUAACAACGACUGCAAAACAAGAUUCGGUAAACUCAAGAUCAAGGAGGAAGGAGGCUCCGAAUAUGAGCGUAGAAUGGUUAGAGAGAAGCAACGCAUCAAGAUGAAUAAAGAGAGAGUCAGAAAAAUGGAAAUCGUUGAACAAAAAUUGCUCGAACGGCUAAAUGACACUCAAAGCCGUAGAAAAGUCAUGUACGAAAAUUUUAUUCAAAAGACAAUGGGAACCAAAACUAUGAGGGAGCAAGAGAUGUCCUACCGUGAUGACUCACCUGUUGAUAUCAGGCUUCAGAACUCCUCUAGUAAUUUUCAGAAAUAUGCAGAGCCAAGUAUGUAGACUAUGGGCAAAUUGAGAUAAGGAAAACUUUAUUUAGGGCCAUUUUAAAAGUUAAGUAAUAUCUAUC